GGACCUGCUGGUCCUCACCGAGGAGGCAGUGGUGGAGAGUCUCAAAGGGGGAACAGAUGCUCAGAACCUGGAGUGGAGGCCUGCAGUGGUGCUGGCAGCCAUCGACUGUGCUGAUGAGGACAACCAGCAAGUGUGCUCCGAUUUCGGGAUAACCGGAUUUCCCACGAUGAAGUUCUUCAGAGCUUUUAGCAAGAAGGCAGAGGAUGGGAUAAGGAUUACCAAUCCCAGUGCCACCGUCGAGGAGCUGCGCCAUGCCAUCAUCACCAACCUUGAGCGCCCCCCUGCCUGUCCUCCGCUGGAGCCGGCGAGCGCAGAGGAGGUUCGCACCUUCUUCCAGAGGAACAAGGACCGGUACUUGGUGCUGAUCUUCGAGAAGAGCAAUUCCUUUGUGGGCAGAGAGGUGGCACUGGACAUGCUGCAGUUUGAGAAUGUUGCAGUGAGGAGGGUGCUGAGUAGCGAGGAGGAGCUCGUGGAGAAGUUUGGCGUCACCACCUUCCCCUCUGGAUACCUGCUGCCCCCCCGCCUGCCUGUGCACAUAGAGGCACGUUCCUUCUACACCUACUACCUGCGCACGCUCUCAGGGAUCACCCGUGGCUCCUACAAGCUGAACACAACCAGCACUGCUUCCAACGAGUCCGACGCGUCCCAGCCGAGACGAGCUGACCGCUCCAAGCUGUACAUGGCUGACCUGGAGUCCGCGCUGCACUACUCGCUGCGGGUGGAGGCGACCCGUUCCUCCACGCUGUCAGCAGCCCAGCUGGCUGCCUUCAGGUGCUAUGUGGCCAUACUGGUGAAGUACUUCCCUGGGCGCCCCAGCGUGCAGAACUACCUGCAGUCCCUGGAUGUCUGGCUGAGCAACUGGACGGAGCCCGAGCUGCCCCGCAACACUUUGAAGGAGGCCAUGAAGAAUAAGAGAGAU